AUGGCAGGGACAAAGACAGCAAAGAGGAAGGCAGAAGGCUCAGGAGGGAGCUCGGUAUCGAAAAAGGGGAAACAGCCAAGUUCGCCCGAGAUGGACGCAGCUGCUGCACUGUACGAGGACCCUAUGAUCGACCCUACCGACUCUUCAGGUUCUGAGGAGGACGGCGAGGAAGAGGAUGGGGAUGAUGUCGAGGACUUUGACGGAGAGGGACUGCUAGAAGAGGACGACGAGCCAAACGAGUUCGCUCCGUCCGCUCAGGCGGGCCCAUCCCGACCUCGCCCAAAGAGCCUGUACGCUCCACCAACAGCCCAGGAAAUGGAUCGUCUCCGCUCUGCCGCUGAGAACGGGAACACCUUCACUCUCCAGCUCGAAGCCCUGCUUUCGUCCACGCUACUACCUACCACUCCCGCACCACGGCUCAAGGCAAUCCUCUCCCGCAUACACGACCUCAUCCUCUCGCUACCCUCGUUACCGGCUCUGUCGGUGCGGGAAGCUGUCAAGCGCACCAAGGAGAUACCCUUUCCUGGAGGAGAUAUUUGGUCGCCUUUGAAGCAGGAUGUCAAAUGGACAUUAGGUUGGGAGAAGCCGGCGGAGGUGUUCGUGGGUGGGAGCUGGUCGGUGUGUGGAGGGUACAAGAAGGGGAAGGGCGUCAUGGGAGAUGUGGACUUGGUCGUUGUCAUGCCAGAGGAUAUGUUCACCCCGAAAGAUAGGAUGAACUACCGUUACUUCCACAAACGGGCUCACUACCUCGCAGUGGUCAAGGCGGCAGUCGAGAAGGCUAUGCUUGGGGAUGAGGAGCUCAAGGAUCUGGAGGUGAUAUGGGGAGGGGAUGAUAGGCGUCCGAUCAUACUGCUGAGGGCUGGAAAGGGCCAAGGACUGAAGCACGCCGUCGAGAUCAAGAUUCACGCUUCUCUUCCACCCAAUACCUUCCCUCCUAAUACCAUCUCUCCUGCCAAGACCCUUCUCCGAGUCAACGACGAAACCACCCCUACUCCUCUCUACGCCACAUCCCUCGCGCACGACACCACUCAGAAAGCGCACCUUUUGCAUCUGCACCACCUAUCCCAGAGCUUGCCGGAUCGCCAGGUCGACUUCUUCCUCGCUCUUUGGCGGAUAUGGGCAUCUCGCCGAGGCAUCUCGAAAGGUGCGAGCGGCUGGUUCGCCGGUAUGCUGCUCGGCUGGGUGGUCGAAGGCGGGGAGCAAGGCGGACAAGGCGGCGUGAGGGAGCGAAUUAAGGUCUCGCGCGGAUUAGGGCGAGGGCUAGGGUAUUGGGGAGCGUUGAGAGCUGCGUGGGAGUUUUUGGCACAUACGGACUUCACCAAGACCCCUAUCUUCAUGGGGAGCGGGGAUGAGGCAGUCAUCACGCCGACGGAGUUCUGCCGGGCAUCAUCAAACGUCUUUGUCGACCCAACGCGCUCGGUCAAUAUUCUGGCCGACUGGGAGGCGGGUGAGGUGGACCUGCUUAGGCAUCACGCGAGAGAGACGUUGGCAAUGCUGGAGGACAGCAAGGUUGACCGAUUCGCGGAGGUGUUCUUGCGGAAUGUUGGCGGGAUGAGCGUGUUUGACGAAUUUAUCAGGUUGGAUAUGAGCCAGUCAAAUCAUACUGCUUCGGCGAUGGAGCAAUCGGAACAGCCAUCUCGGAUGCACCUCCUCGCCCACGCUGUUGCCCAGACUCUCCGGCGUGGUCUGGCCGACCGGGCCAAGCUGGUGCAUCUUCAACCUCGGGGCGAGCACCUCGACAUCGGUAUCGUCUAUGACUCGCAGUACGCUACCCGCGUCAUGGACAUGGGCCCUUCGCCCGACCAACCCACUGCGGGCGACGCGUUCCGGUCUUUAUGGGGCGAAAAGGCAGAGCUCAGGCGGUUUAAGGACGGGAGCAUAGCCGAGUCUGUCGUCUGGGACCUGUCACGACCAGAAGACGCCGCACUCAUCCCGGGCUGGAUCGUCGACUGGCUCUUACGCCGUCAUUUCGGCGUUACCUCGGCGGACCACCUCUCUUCGGACCCCACUUGGCUAUCCACUAUCCAGACGCCUCCCUCCGCCCGGAACGCCAUCGCAGUUGCUGGCUCAGAGAAGCUCGGCUUUUCACCCGUCAUGAAGGCUUAUGACGAGCUGUAUAAGCUUCUCAAAUCCAUCGACCCGGAACUACCGCUCGCCAUCCUCAACGUCACCCCAUCUGACGAGAUGCUGCGGUAUUCCAGCACCUUCAUUCCCCCCCCCAUCGACACGCACCGAUACCCCUCCGCCCCCGACUGCCUCAAGCACACACCCUCGGCGGAAGUCAUCGUCCAAUUCGAAUCGUCCGCCAAGUGGCCAGAUGACCUGUCUGCGAUCCAGAAGGUCAAGCUCGCUCUGCUGGAGAAGCUGGCGCGGAUUGUCAAUCUCCAAAUGAAAGGUGCGCGGGCGGAGAUUAUGUUUGAUGGGGAGAAGAGCGAGAUUGAGGAUCAGUCGGGUCUGGAAAUCCUCCUUCCUGCAGGAGUGGCGUUCACGCUUCGGAUCCACCACGAGAAGGAGCGCGUACACCUCGAGCGGAUCCUCACCGAGGACGCACCCGUCUUUGGAACAUCCCUCCCUCGUCCGUCUCGGCGGCUCGCUCAGCCAGCGCUUGAAUCGUACAUGCGCCGCUUCGUCUAUCGCCCAACACACCACGCGGCUCUUGCACCGAUGCACCACCGAUAUCCUUCCUACUCAUCCGCCACUCGGCUCUUGAAACGGUGGUUCGCAGCACAUAUGCUCUCCCUGCAAGUCCGCUCGGAAGCUAUCGAGCUCCUCAUGGCAGCGGUGUACCUCGACCCCCUCGCCCUCUCCACUGCGUCAAGCGCUACAGUCGGCUUCGUGCGCGCCAUCGAGCGUCUGGCGAGCUGGGACUGGAAGGCGGAACCUAUCUUUGUUCCCGUCUUUACUGCUUCGCGGGAAGCUGCAACGCGCUCGGAGCGGACCCGACUCAGGUUCCCAGCGGACGCAAGGGAGGAGGCGACUCGCCUGUUUGGGCAAAUGAGGGCGAAAGAUCCGGAAGUGAAGCAUGGGGCAUGGGGGAUCGUGACGGAGGAAGAUGUGGAUGGGUGGAGGUGGACCCAGGAAGGGCCGAGUAGGGUUGUAGCGGGAAGAGUGACCGGUCUGGCAAGGGCGACCGCGGAGGCCAUAACGCAGGCGAACGAGGGUGCAGGCCUGAAUGUCAGGAGUCUGUUCAAGACGCCUCUACACCAAUACGACAUCCUGCUGCACCUUCGACCGGCCUUCCUCCCGCGCUACGCCCAGUCUGUCGAUCCCUCAUCGCGCGAAUGGGACGACAAGCUCAAGUUCCGGAAUCUGCAAGAUGGGGGAUUGUACGGCUCAGAGGUCAAGGUGGACUUUGACCCUGCCUGGUCAUUCGCCACUGAUAUCCAACGCCUGUAUGGCGACGCCCUUCUGGUCUUCUAUGAUCGCCAAGGUGGACCCACCAUCGGUCUUCUGUUCAACCCGACCCGCAAAGCGUCCAGAGGUUUCAAGCCUUUUUUGGGCUACUCGACGAAGCCGGUGCAGUCCGAUUCGGCUUUGGUUGAGCUGAAUACGGAAGGGGUGGUGGCGGAGAUUACGAGGGUGGGCGAGGGGCUUGUUGAGAAGGUGGAGAGGGGAAUGGGGAUCUAG